CACCCAUUUGCCCCGUCACACCGCCCCUCUUUCUGGUUCUUCUGUUGUGCCGUUGGCUUUGGUGAGAGGGAUGGGGGAGGGAUCUCGCGAUUUUUUUCUGGGGGGAGACUUAUUUGGAAGAUGGCGCCCGUUGUUACGGGGAAGUUUGGUGAGCGUCCACAGCCUCAGCGUUUGACAAGGGAGGCUAUGAGGAAUUACUUGAAGGGUAAAGAUGAUCAAACAGUGCUCAUACUACAUGCGAAAGUUGCACAAAAGUCAUAUGGCAAUGAAAAAAGGUUUUUCUGCCCUCCACCAUGUGUGUAUCUGAUGGGCAGUGGCUGGCAGAAGAAGUUAGAGAACAUGGAGAAGGAGGGCUGCACAGAGCAGGAGGCCCAGCCGUGUGCAUUCAUUGGGAUAGGCAACAGUGAACAGGAGAUGCAGCAACUCAAUCUCGAGGGGAAGCACUUCUGCACAGCUAAGACACUGUAUAUCAGUGACUCGGAUAAAAGGAAACACUUCAUGCUGUCUGUGAAGAUGUUGUAUGGGAACAGCGCCAACAUAGGAGUCUUCCUCAGUAAGAGGAUCAAGGUCAUCUCCAAGCCCUCUAAGAAGAAACAGUCCUUGAAAAAUGCAGAUUUGUGUAUCGCUUCAGGGACUAAAGUGGCGUUGUUUAACCGCCUGCGUUCCCAGACAGUUAGCACCAGGUAUCUUCACGUGGAGGGGGGGAACUUUUAUGCCAGCUCCCAACAGUGGGGUGCCUUCUAUAUCCACCUGUUGGACGAUGAUGAGUCUGAAGGAGAGGAGUUUGCUGUGAGAGAUGGCUAUAUUCAUUAUGGCCAGACGGUCAAAUUGGUCUGUUCUGUUACUGGCAUGGCCCUGCCCAGACUGGUCAUUCGCAAAGUGGACAAGCAGACUGCAUUAAUGGAUGCAGAUGACCCAGUGUCCCAGCUUCACAAGUGUUGCUUCUAUCUGAAAGAUACAGACAGAAUGUAUCUGUGUCUCUCACAGGAGAGGAUCAUCCAGUUCCAGGCCACACAGUGCUCCAAAGAAACUAACAAGGAGAUUGUUAACGAUGGGGCUUCCUGGACUAUCAUUAGCACUGACAAGGCAGAGUACACAUUUUUUGAGGGUAUGGGCCCCGUCCACACACCAGUCACACCUGUCCCUGUGGUGGAAAGUCUGCAGUUAAAUGGUGGAGGAGAUGUGGCAAUGUUGGAGCUGACAGGACAGAACUUCACCCCUAACCUCAGAGUGUGGUUCGGAGAUGUGGAGGCUGACACCAUGUACAGAUGUGGAGAGAGCGUCCUGUGUGUGGUGCCGGACAUUUCUGCCUUCAGGGAGGGCUGGCGCUGGGUGAGACAGCCAGUUCAGGUCCCUGUCACGCUGGUCCGCAAUGAUGGAAUCAUCUACGCCACCGCCCUCACCUUCACCUACACCCCUGAACCAGGGCCCCGACCCCACUGCAGUGCUGCUGGUGCCAUUCUGCGGUCACAUAGCACCUCUUCGUCAUCACCAGCAUCUUCAUCUUCACCUUCAUCCUUGUUGGGCGGGCUCGGGGACGGCCAUGGGGCUUAUAACAGUAGUGACUCAGGCAUGUCGUCAGGGACGUCAACCAUGUCGGUGCUGUCAUAGUAAUACUUACUCUGUGUGUGUGUUGUUGUUUUUGUAUGUGUGCUUUGAAUGACUGAGUGAGAAAAUGUGCGCAUGUACUUUCCAAAGAGGCUCAUGGACCUGUGAAGAAUUGCACACAGACUCGGAAACUCUUCAUCAGAGAGCAAUUGUGAUCAUCAGGAAUGCUGAAGAGAGUUUGAAAACAAAGAACAAAAAAUACUUGGGAUGACUGAAUCAUCUCUUUAGCUCCCUCUUGUGGUUUGUUGUGGACAUGUAAAAAGCACCACUUAAAAGGACCUUGAUAUCCAAGACUUUCACCUAAAAGAAGAUGAAUCUGAACUGUACAAGAACGAUUUUGUUUUAUAUGCCUGUGGGUUUGGAAGCUACGUUUUCACUAUGCUCUCUUUCUACCGAAGUCAUGUUUUUACUGAAAAACUUGUUGAUUUAUCUGCUGUGUGCAAGGGAAAAAUUUGUUGUAAGACUAACAUAGUUUUUACGGACCAAGGAAUAUUAUUAUACUAUUUUAUUCAUAUUAUAUUUUAUAAGCUUUUGCCGAGGUACAUUUUGACAGGUUUUGUAUGAUACUGCUUAGUAAGUUCACUUUUGUUACCAAAUAGAAUUCGUCAUGUUGUUAACUCCUAUUUGAGUUUUAUCUCAGUGGGGUGGUCAAAGUGGAAAUGGCUUGUAGUAUGUCUCUUCAUAUUCUGACUGCAGCUCCUCUGCUUUUCUCCUCUUUCUUUAAUCUUCACUGGUGCGUUUAGGAACUAGAUCGCCAAAUUCAUAAAUACUUAACAGUCAUUUCAGCAGUUUCAAUUUUCCUACAUGCUGUAUAACUAUGAAAAAAGAUGAUCAGGCUAAAGUUUUUUAGGAGACUCAUCAGACAAUUAAGACAUGUGCAUAUCUGCUUGCAGUUUUUUACUUAGCUGCCUUCGAUCUUCUAGGUCACUGGGCUUGACUGAUCAGUCCCAUAAUACUUUUUAUAUCAACGAUGACAUUUUUGAUUAGUGUAGUGUAUGUAUGUGAUAAUAUUAAAUACACCAUCAGUGUAUUCUGCGAGACCAAGACCUGUGUUUUCUAAUCAGUAUGCUGUUUUUGUACCAGAGUGCUUAAACUCAAAUCUAAACAUAAUCACUCCCUCUUUUACCAUAGCUAUGUAUGUACACAGCAGUGCUGCUUAUUUCACAGUAGUGAAGCCUGUACACAAAAUUACAGUACUAAGUUUAUGUAAAUUACUACUAAGUCAAGGAACAAAGAAGGAAAGUCAAAACUAAUAUCCGUCUGCUCAAAAAGAUUUCAUUCCGCGCACAUGGCACAGUCGUUUUGGAGGGGCCUCAAGUUUUGAGUUUGUGCUUUUGUGAUGGAGGAAGAGCUGUACCAUCGUCUCUGCUGUGUAGCUUGUAGCACUGUCCUCACAGUCCACCUGAGCUCAGCAAUGUCACGUUGGGAUUGGGCCUUGUUGAAUCAGCUGUGGUUGUGCUUUGGGUCUUAUACGAUGAGGUGAUGAUUUGUACAGAUUCAAGCUCCUACCUUGUUCAGCAGGUUGAAUAUAAAAAUGGAUAUUUAAAUUGACUCACUAAACUGUCAGGAAUGACAUUAUGUCAUUCAGGUUAUGUUGCCUUAAAAACCACUACUAACAGCAUCAUGUCUUGCUUAAAAUUCCUCACAAAGUAUCCUGACUUGCAUCAUGCUUUUUGUAUCAUACUGUAUAUCACGUUUCAAGAUUGAGUUUCAAGUAAAUGUGGUGGGUUGGCCAGCUUAUUGCCAGUUGGAUGUUUUCAUGACAAUGAUGUGAAUUACUUAAUUUCUUGCAUAUGUUUUUUCAACAUGCCUAAAAAGUAGAUCUAUGGUUGUAUAGCAAAGUAUUUACAUCAUAACAAUCCUGCAACACCAUCUGAACAUUCUUUCUCUCCAUUCUCCAUCAUUUUCUUUUCAUGCUGUCAGUAUACAAUAGUCUUGAUUAGAUUCAUUUUUUAUAUCACAACAGUUUGUUAAAGGAUGUACUUUUAGUAUUCCAACAACAUUGUAGUCGUCAGGAUCUUCAGAGGUGGAGGGAUGUGGCAUUUUUGGUCAUUAGCACACCUGAUAAAAUCUUUGCUCAUUGGAUCCCCAAUCUACCUUGUUAGUUUCUUCUUCGUGUCUGCAUUCUCAAAUGUGCCUUACUUAGUCACCAUGUACCACACAAUAUCUACAAGGCCAGGUGUGAUGUAAGUUAGUACUGUCAUAAGGUCGACUGUGAGCUAGCAUGCUAAAUCAACCUCAUCAUAUCAUCAUACUGGCAGGUUUAUGAUCAUUUUCACUGCUCUCGUGUUUUAUGGAAUAAGUGUCUGUACUCUCAUGUCCAGCCUUUUGUUUCUCACUGCUCUUUCCCUAUAUGAUGAUAUCCCUUCGUCUUUUCAGUCUGGCAUAUUACUCUGUAAGUAACUCAAUCUGCCAAGGUUCUUCAGUGAAGGUCAUGAAUAAAAACAAGUUGAAGCUGAAUGUCACCCGUA